AUGCUUCUUAUUAGAGAUGAGAAGGGUAACUGGCAAUGUGGAGAGGUGGUGAAAAGGGUUGCAAGAGAUUACUUCAAUAUGUUGUUUCGGACUUCAGCUCCAUCUGAGCAGGAGGAGGUUUUCCGGUGUGUUAAUUCAGUUCUUUCGGUGGAACAAGCAGUUUCCUUCUCAGUGAUGAUUAAUGGUUACCCGUAUGGUUACAUCAUUCCCCAACGCGGCUUAAGGCAAGGAGACCCUUUAUCACCAUAUUUAUUUCUGUUAUGUAUAGAAGGCUUUUCGGCCAUGUUGAGGAAGGGUGAGGUGGAUGGUAAAUUGACUGGGGGUACGGUUUGUAGGGGGAUCCCGACUAUAAACCAUCUUUUCUUUGCAGAUGAUAGCAUCUUGUUUGCAAAAGCUGAGGUUCAAGAGUGUACUCAGCAACAGCUUCAGACUGGCAUCGAUAAGAUUUUGGGGUUCAGAGAAGUGGAGAGCUUUCAUAAGUAUCUCGGAAUGCCCACGUUAAUUGGAAGAUUGCGCAAACCAAUUUUCUCGUUUUUGCGUGAUAUACUUCAUAAAUGGAUAGCUGGGUGGAAGGAGAGGUUCUUAUCUAAAGUCGGGCGUGAAGCGUUAAUUAAAUCGGUUGCCCAAUCCAUCUCGACAUACAUUAUGAGUUGCUUUGCGUUACCCAUCUCGUUUUGUAAUGAGAUGCAAAGCUCCACUGCCAGAUUCUACUGGAGCGAUGCGGAGGAUAAAAAUAAGAUCUCGUGGAUUAGUUGGGAUACAAUCAGUAAAUCUAAGGAAAAGGGUGGCUUAGGUUUCAGAAAUCUUUGUGCGUUUAAUCUGGCUAUGCUAGCUAAGCAGGUAUGGAGGCUGUUUCAGUUCCCAGAAUCGAUUUGCAGCAAAGUUUUCCAGGCAAAGUACUAUCCGGAUGGAGAUGUGUUAACUGCUACAGCGAAGCGCAUGUCCAACUUUUUUUAG